GAAGAGAGCAGCCCAGCGGCUCCCAGCCUCCUUCCUUCCUUCCUUGGACCGGCCGGCCGCACCUCCUUCCUUCCUCUCUCCCUUCCUUCCUCUCUUCCUUCCAUCCUUCCUUCCUCCCUUCCUUCCUCUCUCCCUUCCUUCCUCUCUUCCUUCCAUCCUUCCUUCCUCCCUUCCUUCCUCUCUCCCUUCCUUCCUCUCUUCCUUCCAUCCUUCCUUCCUCCCUCUCUUCCUUCCUUCCUCUCUUCCUCCCUCCCUUCCUCCUUUCUUCCUUUCUUCCUUCCUUCCUCUCUCCCUUCCUUCCUUCCUUCCUCCCUUCCUUCCUCUCUCCCUUCCUUCCUCUCUUCCUUCCAUCCUUCCUUCCUCCCUUCCUUCCUCUCUUCCUUCCAUCCUUCCUUCCUCCCUUCCUUCCUCUCUCCCUUCCUUCCUCUCUUCCUUCCAUCCUUCCUUCCUCCCUUCCUUCCUCUCUUCCUUCCAUCCUUCCUUCCUCCCUCUCUUCCUUCCUUCCUCUCUUCCUCCCUCCCUUCCUCCUUUCUUCCUUUCUUCCUUCCUUCCUCUCUCCCUUCCUUCCUUCCUUCCUCUCUUCCUUCCUCCCUCCCUCCCUUUCUUCCUCCCUUCCUUCCUUCUCCUUUCCGUUCUCUUCCGUUCCUUUCCGUUCUCUUCCGUUCCUUUCCGUUCCCUCCCUCCCUCCCGAUGGCCGUCCUGGCCCUUCUGGGGCUUCUGGCGAUACUUCUGGCAAUUUUGCAUUUCGGGCGAUGCCGGAGACCAGAUGAACCUCCUCUUGAUAGAGGUCUUAUUCCUUGGCUUGGUCAUGCUCUAGAAUUUGGCAAAGAUGCUGUCAAGUUCCUAUCAGAAAUGAAGAAGAAGCAUGGGGAUAUUUUCACAGUUCAAGCUGCAGGCAAAUUUAUCACCAUCUUAUUGGAUCCCCUCUCAUAUGAUGUGGUGCUUUGGGAAUCUCGCUCCAAGUUGGACUUCAACCCAUAUGCACGCAUUUUAAUGGACCGAAUGUUUGAUGUCAGACUCCCAGAAUAUGACCCCAAUGAAGAAAAGGCCAUGUUAAGAAUGACUCUGCAAAAACCAAAUCUUUCCUCCCUGACAAAGGCAAUGUCCUUCAACUUGCGAACUGUGCUGCUUUAUGACCCAAGUAUAGCCAGUCGGCAGUGGAAAGAGGAGGACCUCUUUCACCUUUGUUACAGUACAAUGCUCAGAGCUGGAUACCUGACACUCUAUGGCAAUGAAAUGAAGGAUUAUGAAGACGUCGCUAGUCAAACAAAAGAUCAGGCUCACUCACUAGAAGUAUAUAAUGAGUUUUAUAAGCUAGACCGUCUUUUGAUGAAAGCUGCCCGUUCCAGCUUGAGUGCAGGGGAGAAGAAAAAAUUUGAUAGCAUCAAGAAGGAUCUUUGGGAGUUACUUUCUGUGAAACGGCUGGAUGGCAGAGCAAACCGAAGUGUUUGGCUGGACAGCUAUAAGCAGCAUUUGGUCGACCUGGGAGUGGAUGAAGAUAUGCAAACUCGGGCAAUGCUGCUCCAGCUCUGGAGCACUCAGAGUAAUGCAGGACCUGCAGUUUUCUGGCUUCUCUUGUUUCUUUUAAAACACCCUUCAGCUAUGGCAGCAGUCAGAGGUGAAAUGGAAAAAACAUUAUCCAGAAAACAAACAACCGGGCAAGUGCAUGAGAUCAGUCAAGAGAAACUGGACAGCACACCCAUUUUUGACAGCGCAUUGAAUGAAACUCUGCGUUUGACAGCAGCUCCUUUUAUCACCAGAGAAGUCCUUCAAGACAUGUGUCUGAGACUACAUGAUUGCAGAGAAUACCGCCUGCGAAAAGGAGAUAGGCUUUGCCUCUUUCCAUACAUAAGCCCUCAAAUGGACCCUGAAAUCUAUGAGCAGCCAGAGAUAUUCAAAUAUGACAGGUUCCUCAAUGCCGAUGGAACAGAAAAAACAGACUUCUAUAAAGGAGGAGAAAAACUGAAGUAUUAUACCAUGCCAUGGGGAGCAGGAAUCAACGUCUGUAUUGGAAAGUUCUUCGCAGUGAAUAGUAUCAAACAGUGCAUUUUUCUCUUCUUAACAUACUUUGAUUUGGAACUGAAAGAUCCUAAGGCAAAGAUACCAGACUUUGACAAGGAACGCUAUGGCUUUGGAAUGUUGCAGCCAGAAAUUGAUGUCAUAGUUCGAUAUAAACUGAAAGAGCAGUAGAGCAGCGUAUUUCUUCUCCUAACCAAGUCCUUCUGGAAACCUCUUGAUCAGCAAAAAACCACCUUGUUGCUGGUUUCUGUUGAAAAACAUUUUCUCCAUGAUAAUCCCAAAGGAAGACCUAAGCAAUAACUAUGAAGAGGCCAUUUUAAGUUGUUCACUGUGUCACAUGUAUGCUCUUUGUAUACAAAAGCCUCAGCAUUUGAGUUUGGCUAUUUUUUACCACACUGCUUCAGCUCAACCUUCUUGGACAUGUAUGGCGGUAUAAGUGGAUAAUUGGAAACAACUCACCCCAUGAUAGCUUUGAAAAUCACCUUCAUGUAACCAACACAAACAUGAAGUAAACUAGUAAAUAUAUCAGGAUGACUAGUAGUUCAUUAUUGGCUUACUGUUUUUCUUCUAGUACCAAGUGCUAAAUACCAUAGAGGUCCAUUUUUUAUUAUUCGCAAGGGGGAUGGUAAAUUGGAAGAGUUAUUUAAAUUGUUGUUUCUUUUGCAAUUGUUUUGCAAGAUUGUCAGAAACUAUUUUUGUAUCUUUUUUUCUGGUUCUUUACUUCCUUAUCUUCUGUUUUAUCACUAAGGUUAUAAUCUUGUAAACACUUAGGUUGCAAUUUUAUACCCACUUAUGACUGAAGUCAGUAGAUUUGUUCUGAAGUUGCAUAUUGAUUUUCUCCAAUAGCUUUCCACAUUUUUAAAGCCCCAUCUGUCCUUGCUUCUCUUUCUUUCUCUCUCUCUUCCCCCCAAUACACUCACAGAUAUACAUUUGAAGAUGAACAAAGAGGGGAAGUAAGAUUUUGCUUGUCACUUCUCUUCUGGCAUCUCUUUGUUUAGUCAAAGGCCUAAAUAGAGGCCUUUUGAUUUUGUUAUGUGCCUUCAGAUUGAUUCCAACUUAUGAUGGAUUUCAUAGCAAGAUUAUUAAGACAAAGUCUGACACUGUCUUUUUCAACUGAGAAAGAGUGACUUUCCCAAGAGCAAUCAACGGCUUCCUGGCUGAACCCUGGAAUUCUAGUCCAAUACUCAAACUACCAUACUACAUUGGACCUAAGUAGUGACUGCCUAUGAGUAAUGUAGUAAUAGGAACAAUAUCUGCUGAGAAAGGGUCCCUGCAUAAGAUAUGUUCCAGUUAGGUGUGCUGACAGCUAUGUGUAAGUGCUAUUUUGACUUUUAAGUGAGUGUGUGAGGUCAGGGAUUGUAGAUACAGUUCCAUAUUGUUAAUAUCCUAUCCUGAAUAUUACACCUAUCCUGAAGCAGCUCUAUUCGUUGCCUGUCCGGUUCCGGGCUCAAUUCAAGGUGCUGGUCAUCACCUAUAAAGCCCUAUAUGGUUUAGGUCCAGCUUAUCUGGAUCACUGUGUCCCCCAUUUCAUCCCAGGACACAAACUUAGAUCAAGCAGGGAAACUCGAAUCUACACACGAGCCCGCACCAAUAUGUGUUUACCCAUAACUAGAGAAGGCUCCUUCUUGGGUGCAGCCCCAGCCCUCUGGAACUCCCUCCCUGAAGAACUAAGAGCUGCUCCAUCUUUACUCAGCUUUAGGAAGGGGAUUAAGACUUUCUUAUUUAACAAGGCCUUUAAUUGAGCCAUGGUAGGAGUUGGGGAUUUUGUGAUCAGGAUGGAGGAGGAUACACUGGGGAAGAGGUUAUGGUUUUAACUGAAAUGUGGGAUUUUAUUGACUGUUGUUUUAUCAUGGUUUUAUCUAUUUUGUUUUCCUGAUUGAAGGAUGUUAAUGUUUGUGUUCUGUUUGUAAGCUGCCUUGGGUUUGCAUUGUGGAAAAAGGUGGGAUAGAAAUAUCCUAAAUAAAUACAGUAGAGUCUCACUUAUCCAACAUAAACAGGCUGGCAGAACAUUGGAUAAGCGAAUAUGUUGGAUAAUAAGGAGAGAUUAAGGAGAAGCCUAUUAAACAUCAAAUUAGGUUAUGAUUUUACAAAUUAAGCACCAAAACAUCAUGUUAUACAACAAAUUUGACAGCAAAAGUAGUUUAAUAUGCAGUAAUGCUACGUAGUAAUUACUGUAUUUACAAAUUUAGCACCAAAAUAUCAUGAUGUAUUGAAAACAUUGACUACAAAAAUGUGUUGGAUAAUCUAGAACGUUGGAUAAGCGAAUGCUGGAUAAGUGAGACUCUACUGUAAAUAAAUAAAAUAUCAAUUACUACAGUAUGCCAUAUAAAGACAGAAAACAUCAGUCAGUUUUGGUUUCCCUGCAGUCUCCUCCUCCUCCUCACCAUCAUCCUCUUCCUCCUCCUCUUCUUCUUCUUCCUCCCUCUCCUCCUCCUUUGUUUUUGCAGGCAGUUAUCAAAAUGUAAUGCACUUUGAAUGUUACUUUCCUGAUACGCACUUUUGGGUUCAUUUUUUAAAAAAAAAUAAAGAACCAAUUUUUUUUAAGAGUCACAAGUUUGAAGGACAGCUGAGCUUUGUUUCACAGAUGGCAAGAGAGUGGAACCAUUUAAGAGGAGGGAACCAGAUUGUUUGCCCUAGAGCCAUAAAUGGGAUAACCUCAGAAUCGUGGCCAUGCACUCUAGCACCAUUGGAGUCCUUAAACCAAGCACACAAUGAACAGGAUCUCAGUUGCGUGCAUCCCUAUGAGAGUGAGGGGUUUUGACAGGGAAGGAGUGCCCCUCAAAAUGUUGUGGAUCAGGUCUAGAGAAGAGUUUAGGUUAACAAAUGUUCCUGGUUUAAAGGUGCAUGAAAAUAUAAACCAUGGCUUUUGUUUGCUUUCACAAGAAUAAUCACAUUUUAAAAUGGAUAGGGCUCUGAGACCUUAAAGAGCAAGCAGAGCCCUGAUUUACAUUAAGCUGUGAUUGACAGACUUGUAGGCAUAGUGGGGACUGGUUUUUUAAAGUCUGCAAUUCCUAUCUGCCUUAAAUGGCAUAGCCAAAGGUGCAAUAUUAUCGGACAUGAAGUCUAAAAUUGUGUGAAGGGUUACCGAUGCUCAUGCCUGGGUAAGGCAAACAAGCAUAACAACCCAAGGUGAAAUCCAAUCCUACUACUGCAGAAGGAUUCCUGAAUUACAACAAGUUUUUAAUUUUUAUGCAGCCCAUGGCAUAUUAGGAGCAAGGGAACAGAAGGCCAGUCUUUGAUUAUUUUGCCAGUUAAUAGGUAAAUUGAGCAUGAAGUGAUCAGCACACUUGAGUAGAACGAUCGGCAUAAUUGAGCUAGUGUCAUAAUGAGUUCUUUUCCUUUGAGAUGCAAUUUUAUUACAACCUAUAGCUUUUCACAAAACUGUCAUGCAUCUUCUAAUUAAUACACAUUGGCUUUAGUGUGCUUGAGAUGGAAGAGCCAAGUUUUCAUGGUCAGUUAUAUGUAGUAUAGCUCUUUUUUUAAAGGAGGUGUUACCCAAAAAAUGCCACCCCUCAUCUUGGGUAUUUCUACACUGUAGAAUUGAUGAAGUUUGACCCAACUUUUAAUUGCCAUGGCUCAACGCUAUGAAAGUCCUUAUAAAACCAUAACUCCCAUGGUUCUUUAGCAUUGAACCAUGUCAAUUAAAGUGGCGUCAAACUGCAUUAAUUCUGAGGUGUAGAUGCCCCUCUUGAUUGCACUAAAGGAAAGGUAUAUUCUCAAUAGCAAAGUUGUGUGUGCCCCACAGUUCAAUGAAAGCUAAAAAUAAGGUACUGAACAGUUUGAUGUGUUAGAAGAGAUUUGGAGCAGAGUGCCAAGGAAGGUCUAUUAUUCAGACCCUUUGUUGCUUGCUUUUAGGCAGGCCAUUUCAGUGAAUUCUUGCUUAAGUUGCAUUUAUGCUGCUAUUGCCUUUUGGGGGGUCCUCUUUAGAGUGUUUUAAAGCAGUGUUUCUGCGGUUUUAUUGACAUUUUUGUUCUUUUUUUAUGAUGAUGUAUUCUUAUUUUUGACUGUGUCACCUGAAUAUUUUAUAGAAAGCUCAGAAAUAAAACUGAAAAAUAAGCAAUAAAGAAUUUUAUACUGGA